AUGAAUAAAAGAGCUGAAAAGAAGAGAACCUCUUCAUUCAAUAAACAAACAAUAAAUUAGAUAAGUGAUCUAUAUGAUACUUAGCAAAAGCAAUUUUAUUGUCCAAAGUAUAAAAAAGAUGUCAAAAAUCUAAUAAACAAUCUAAAAUUAAAAUCUUCAUGUGAAAGUACUUUAGUUAUAAUUCCAUAAAAUGAUUCUUUAAAGAAUGUUUUAGCUGGGCUCACUAACAAAUCUCCUAAGAAAUUAACGAAAAAACAUAUAAAAAAGACUCCUAGUACAUCUUUACAUACACCAGCCGACUUUUCUAUUAGAAAUACUGAAUAGUAAUCUGAGUUAGCCAAGCAACGGCAAUCUGCAUUAAAUCAAUAAUCGUAAUUAAUUUCUUACCGAUCUUUACUAUAACACAACAAACGUAAUUAGUGGAUAGAAUAAAUUAAUCAAAAGAGUUCUAAUUAUAUUCAAUAAGAUCAAAUAGCAAUAACUGAAUAUUAGUAUAUAUAUUAUAUAUAAAUGACAAAUAAUUGCGAUUGGAAAUAUCCCUACACUUGUUAUAAGGAAUAGAGACAGCAUAGUGAAAUGUAAAUUAUUGAGAAUCUUGAAUUCGAUAGUUGGAGAGAAUUGAUGAUGACUCGAGUGAUAUUACGUAGAUAUUAAUAAUGA